UAGGGACCACGAUUUUAAAAACAAACCUGGUGGAUGCAUUUAAAUUUCAGAAAGAAAACAUAUGCGAUGUGGUUGACUGGAACUUAGAGACCACAGAUCACGAACCACAGAUAGUCUGGUUGUUUUUUUUGUAACCCGAAAUCGAAAGCUGGGGUUUGUGGUUAGCUCCAGCAGUGUUGCCUGCUGGCUAGCUACCUAGCUAUAAUAAUCCUGGCUAGCCAGCUAGCCCGAUAUCAUGCCAUCUAGAUAAUCCAUAAAAUGAGCACACAAGCAAGGGACAACCAGGAAAGAGGAUCCACGGUGCGAGUAGGAAGAAAGAAAACAAGCUCCCUUCAGCUGUGCUUAGCUGGGCAGACCCGGGGAGCUGGAGGGUUAGCUGGCUAGCUAACACACAAAUAAGGACGCAGCGGUAGCGAGGUUUCCUGUGAUUGGUUGGCUGGUGGGUGACAGGCGGGCUGGCUCCUCCCCCUCCCGACAGCAGCGUGCGCUCCUCACCGCCGCUGGGCACCCCGCGCCCCCCCGGCCUGCACCUGCAGGCGCAUGCGCCCGGCGCCAUGUGCCCCGCCCACGCCGCGGAGGCGGGCCGGCCGGGCGGGGCCAGGGGGCGGGCUGGAGGCGUGCUGCUGGAGCCCUUCCUGCACCAGGUGGCCGGACACACCUGCAUGAUGCGCUACGAUGACCACACCGUGUGCAAACCCCUCAUCACCCGCGAACAGCGCUUCUACGAGUCCCUGCCGCCCGACAUGCGCGAGUUCACCCCCGAGUUCAAAGGUGUGGUGCUGGUGUGCUUCGAGGGGGACAGUGACGGGUACAUUAACCUAGUGGCGUACCCGUACGAGGAGAGGGAGGGGCUGGACCUGGAGGACACGCCCGAGCACGACCAGCUUCGACAGAAAUACUCACGCCGCAGCCUGCACCGCGCAAACAGCGACCACAAGGGGGAGCAGGACUCCCGGGAGGCCGAGGACACUGAGGGGUGUGACAGGCUGAUCCUGGUGUCCUCCUACAGGCUGCAGUUGCAUGGCCUGCACGCAGUGGAGGGGAACGGCAGUCCGAGGUCCGAGAAGGUGGGACACAACCCCUGGAGCCUGCGCUGCCACAGACAGCAGCUGAACCGCAUGCGGUCCGAGUCCAAGGACCGCAAAUUCUACAAAUUCCUGCUGCUGGAGAACGUGGUGCACGGCUUCAGCCGGCCCUGCAUCCUGGACCUGAAGAUGGGCACCAGGCAGCACGGCGACGACGCGUCCGAGGACAAGGCAGCGCGGCAGAGGAGGAAGUGCCUGCAGAGCACCUCUGCAUCACUGGGAGUGCGCGUCUGCGGCAUGCAGGUGUACCAGGUGGACACAGGCCACUACCUGUGCAGGAAUAAGUACUACGGGCGGGGGCUGUCGGAGGAGGGCUUCCGGCAGACGCUGUCGCAGUUCCUGCAGGACGGGUUGCAGCUGCGCAGAGACCUGUUCAAGCCCAUUCUGCGCAAACUGCGCAGCCUGCAGGCGCUGCUGCGGGGACAGGCUUCCUACCGCUUCUACUCCAGCUCGCUGCUCAUCAUCUACGAUGGGGCCCCGCCUGCUUCUGACCCUGCCCCCACAGAGCCCCCCAGCGCCCCCGCGGACUGCCCCCUCCCCUUGCCGGACCAGGCCCCGCCCCCCCGUGUGGAUGUGCGUAUGAUUGACUUCGCUCACAGCACCUUUGAAGGUUUCCGUGACGAUCGGACUGUGCACAGUGGGCCAGAUAAAGGCUACCUGUUUGGCCUGGAAAGCCUCACCAGAAUCCUGGAAGAAAUUCGAGACGAGAACCACUAACCCCGCCCUGCCACACCCUUUCCCAGCCCCCCGCCCUCAUCUCCGAACCCCUCCCCCCUCUCAAGGCAGAAGGUCAUCUCUGUUACAGAAAGGGAAGAAGGAUGAAGACAGUGAGAAAACACCCUCCCACACUGUGGAAUUGAGAGCUUUUGGCUGCAUGGAAACAGACUCGGAGAGACUCACCAUCCUGGUCAUCAUCAUGGACAGACAUCUGUGUUUUGUGGUUAUGGUGCCACCAUGUGGCAAAUGCUGGAAUUGCAGUGAGGAACAAGUGAGGAAUAUCGAACGCUUUGGCAGUGUUGGGAGGGACAGUGUUGCCUGUGGGGGGGCUUUAUUGCCUUUGGAAGCUUAACUCUGCUGGGAACUGCAGAGAAACUCAGUUUUAAUUUGGAGACCAGUUAGUACCCCUUUACGAUACCAUAGAGAAA